AUGCCCAAGCGAAAGCCCGAUAUCCUAGACGAAGACUGUCCCUGCCAGCGGCCACGCCAGAUCAGAAGAAUGGCCUCGACGCCGGUGACGACGACUAUUCAGCUGACGGCGAAAGAGGCCCAGCUAAAGGGCUUGCUUUUGGAUGUCGCCGAGUACAUCAACCAAACGCGUGUGGCAGAUGAGCCUGUGGUGUUGCGUUGGGCUGGAGGGUGGGUGCGGGACAAGCUCCUUGGCAUCCCGUCAGAAGAUAUUGAUACGGCCAUCAAUGUGAUGACGGGAGAAGCCUUCAGCUCAAAAAUCGUCGAACUAUGCGAGAAGCCUGAAGUUGCCGACAAGCACGGGGUUAGUGCCACCGACAUCGGGAAUCUUCACAAGAUCGCAGCCAACCCCGAGAAGUCGAAGCACUUGGAGACCACCACAAUCAGACUCCUGGGUUUUGAUGUGGACUUCGUCAACCUUCGCAAGGAGACCUACACUGAUGACAGUCGCAAUCCUCAGGUGGAGUUCGGCACGGCGGAAGAAGAUGCUUUACGCCGGGAUGCAACUGUGAAUGCCCUGUUCUACAACCUGAACACCGCCAGGGUGGAAGACUUUACAAGCGGCCUGGAAGACAUGCGGUCCAAGCUUAUUCGGACGCCAUUGGAACCCUUCCAGACGUUUAUGGAUGAUCCUCUACGGGUGCUGAGACUUAUUCGCUUUGCGAGUCGACUACAGUUCAGCAUCGAUCCUGAGGCGGAACGAGUCAUGGCGGAUCGCCGUGUUCUCGACGCGUUGCGAAUCAAGAUCAGCCGCGAGCGCGUCGGUGUUGAGGUUGAGAAGAUGCUUAAAGGAAACCACCCUAAAGUGGCCUUGGAGAGGAUAGAUAGAUUGGGUCUGUACCACACUGUCUUCACAGACCCUGAACGACCUGACAUGCCUCAGCCGGAAAUUUCAAAGCUACUCGUUUCUUACGAAUGCCUAGAAUUCCUGCGCCAGACGAAGACGCCGGGUUCUGUGCAUGACGUCCUCGUCCGGUCUGAUGAGGCAUCCUACUUCUCUUGGGUGCUGGCUGCCUUGACCCCAUGGGCAGAUGUCCCAGACCUCUCUCCCACGGGCAAGGGAAAGCCUCUUCCACCUUCGGCUACGUUGGCAGCCCGCGAGGGUAUCAAGGCACCAAACAAGCUGUGCGAUGUCAUCACUGCCUCUCACAAGCACAGGGAGGAGAUUCUCUCUCUGAAGACUGCAGUUUGCGAGAAAGCCACGUACAUUAACGAGCGCGAUCGCUUCGGCAUGGCCAUCCGCCAAUGGGAUGCCAGAGGAGGACAUUGGAGGUUGCAAGUGCUUUCGGCCUUGCUUGUGGAUGCACAUAAAGUUCUAAGUGUCAAACAUGAUCAUGCGGCAGACACCUCAUUCAUAGCCGGCUGGCAACUAUUCCUGGAUCACCUGCAAGAACUGGAUGUGAUGGAGGCACCAACGUUGAAGCGGAUCAUCGAUGGGACCCAGCUGGCCAAAGCCUUAGGGGUCAAACCAGGCAGAUGGAUGGCCCAGGCCUUGGACGUCUGUGUCGCGUGGCAGCUACGAAAUCCGGAUGCAACUGACCCGGCUGGUGCGGUCGAGGAGGUGCGGAGCAAGAAAGAGGAGCUGAAUAUUCCCAUGCACUCUCCUUGGACUUUUGACUUGGAUUCUGUGAUGUUUGAAGAGCUGUUGGAAGCAGCUAGCCAGCACGGCCAGGUGGGAUCGCCAGCUACGGUACCCUCAGAAUUUGCACAAUGUCUGCCAUCCGCAUUCAGUCUGCAAGACAUCUUGGAUGAGCUCGUUGGCUCAGAUUCUCAGGAGAAGGGCGACAUCAAGUCCUUGAGAGCCCUGCAAGCAUGCAUCGACAGUGACCGACUUGACCGCGAGAGUUGCACGCAGCCUGAAGCUCUCGAGCGGCUUGCCAAGUACGUCGCUCGAGGUAUCUCGCUCGGUGCAAGCCAAUCUGGCAUUGAUGCCGCGAGAGUCAAGAUCGCAGCAGCCCAGGGCGAGUUGGGCUUACGCAUCCUAUCGGACUUGAGCAACAAUUUCAACGCUCAUCUGGGCCCAGAUGUCCUCCUGCCAGUAACGGCGUACACCAAUUCCAGCGAUCCGUGGACGACUCCCGCAUCCCCAGCGCUCGCUUCAGCAAUUCUAGGCCGAAGUCUAGAUACCGAAGGCUCCAGGGCCACCUUCAUCACCUCCACAGUCCUGACCGGCUUCCUGCGGCCUCUGUUCGCCAAGUCCCGGCCCUCGACCGUCACGGCGGCGGGACGCAAAGCCGAGUUUCCCGAGCCGGCCUCGCAGUACCAGAGCAGCCUCUCGGGCCCGCCCGAGACCGAGACCAAGCCGUGGAAGCACGGGCAGCGCCACGCGGUCGUCGUGUUCGAGUGGGCCGUCCACGCCGCCGACGCCGAGCUGCUGGCCCGCCACUGGCACAUGUAUACGCCGAUGCUGCUGACGCUGCUAGACGAGCCCGCGGCGCCCGUCAAGGUGCGCGCGCUCAGCAUCUUUGGCGCGUUCUGGGCGCGGUGCCCGCCGGGCCUGAUGGCGCGCGUGGGGCUGGCCGACGUCUUCGAGCAGGCCAUCUUCCCUGCCGUGCUAGACCUGCCGAGCCUAACGCCCGAGGACGAGUCGGUCCGGAUCCUGGAUGCGGCAUACCCAGCGCUGUUCCAAAUCACCGGACUGGCGUACCCCGAGGGCGAUAUCGGCGAGCCGGUCAAGCACGCGUCGUUUACGGACGCGCAGAGGAAGCUUCUGGAUAAGAUAAUCCGAGAGGGCAUUCUCGUUGGGUAUCAUCAUGCAAGCGAGUACAUCCGCGUCACAGAACUGCUCUGUAAGAAGGCACAGUCUAUCGUCAAUGGCAUAGGUAUAUUAUCGGACCUCAUUCCCAUGAUCUCUUCCGUAGCAACAGACCCCUUUGGCACCAAAUACCCACCGGCGCUUCUCGCUGCAAUCCACCUCCUCCAGGCCAUCAUGCGGUGUUGCUGGCCUCGGAUAACGGGCUACAACACCGAGAUCGUCAAGGUCCUGACCAUCUGCUACCUCAAUAUCGAGGACGAGGACGACUAUCCUCAAGGAGCUCCCAGCAAAGAAGACGUCGUGUCAGAAUUGGCAAAGUCUGCCGAGAUACUCUCCGCAAUCAUGGAGGCAAAUGGCGACAAUCUGUCGGAAACAAUGGCUCCUCUCAUUGAGAAGGAGCCGCUCCUUCAAAAUCUAUUCACGCCACUGAAGGACGACUAG